AAACGAUUCACAGCCCAGUGGCCUCCACCGCGUCAUGAUCCUUGCAGAUCCGGAACAGGGCUGGCUCAGCUGGGUGCUCCUGCGCUUCGGCGCAUUCUCCGUCACGGUCACCAACUCCAGACACGAGCAUCGUUUUUAGAUUGCAUUCUGCAGACGACUUCGCAGCACGGCAGCCAAAUCCAGCCCACGGACACCUCCAAUCCCUACUUCAGCAAGCCUACUUUUAGGGCUCUAUCCUGAAAGCGAGCGGGGCCCAGGCUCGCAACCAUAAUGUUGCUAUAAACCGGCGGCCUCUCAGUGCUGUCAGCUACAGGGGGUGAGGCUGUAGGUGAUCAACAGGAACAGAGACGGACGAAACGACGAGAACCUCUCCCAACACACGGCCAACAACUUCGUUUCCCGCAAGCACGGCAUCGACGACUAUCGCUCGAGACCCCUGCGGGGCCAUGACAACAAAAUGCAGCUCAGUCCUCUACAAUCGCGGCUAGCGGCGUCUCUCGUCGCCUCCUGCCUGUUAAUUCUGCUCUACCUUUUCCUGUUCCCACCAAACUUCGCCCUUGCCGCCGAGCUAAGGGAAGCGCUGCCCGUCGUCUUCGAUCUCGAUUUCCCCAACGGCCCGGCCUCGCGCAAAUUCCUCGAUCCGACAUACGAGCCCGAGUUCCCGGCCUUCGACAGGAGUAUCAUCGGCCGGGCGCCCGCGGAAGUUACGUCGCUCACCAACAAUGAGCCCAUGCCUAUGAACGUCGACAUGGGAACGACGCAGCGGUUUGUGUUUGCGUUGCCUGCUGUGUCACGGCGAGGAGUGGAAGAGGACCGGUUAGAAGCAAGGGCGGACCAAAGUUUAUCACGAGAGCGGAACGCUGGCGCUGGCGCCACGGAGCACGAUGCGGUGAGUGUGAAGCAGGAACCAAGGCAGGCUAGGAGACAAGCCUUACGGACGGUAUAUAUCUCGGCGAAUACAUGUCUGCAGCCACAGCCGAUUGACCCGUCAAAAACAUCCGUCGAUCCGCCGCAGCUCACACUCAUCGUCUCGACAUCGGCCGAAAACCUUGUCGCGGACCCUGCAACCCAAGACAUGACUGUCUUCAACGAGGGCGCCGUCAUGUACAACCUGACGACGGACCGGGAAGUGUACAUCGGAAUACGCGCGCCGAAUGUGUCAGAAGUGUUUUCGGGGACAUACAACUUCCGAAUCGCAGCGUCGACAGACGGCUUCUACUACAGCUAUAACGAGCGGGACGACGCCGACUUGAUUUGGGUUGACAGCGACUCACAGGGAGCCUUGCUAGUCACACACAAUCUGACCGACAAGGCAGACCCGGUCGCAGAACAGCAAAUCAUGAGCACACAACCAUAUGUGAUGUUUGCGCACAAUCAGAAGGACCGCGCCAUUAACGGACUUAAGCACUCAUACUGCGGGCUGCUGAACUAUGCACAAAUAGCGGCGAUCAAGGACGGCCGGCGGACGAGUCUGGUCAGGACAGGCAUGACAAGGAGAGGGCCAGGAAACCUGCCGAAGCAGCAGUUUUUUUUCAGCGGCCUCAACUCCAGCUCCAAGUACAUUGGUAUCCUCGCAAAGGCUGGCGCAGAUGGCGGCGCGCUGGGCAAGAGACAAAGCGCAGCGUUGAGGGGCACUCAGAUAUUCAAGGCAACGAACUUCACCACCAAAUCAGACCACGGCAAUUGCGCCCUGAUUAUCGACCUCGCCUUCUGCGACCAGAUCGCCUACUCGGUUCCGAGCAACCCCAACUUUGGCAACUCGACGCAGCUGGCCCAGUUCUACGACGGCUACGCGGCGUCCAUGUACGUCAACUUCAACAAGUCGCUCGCCCAGAUCGCCUGCGAGGCGCCCUCGUCGCAGCGCUACUCGCUCACCCGUAACUGCACCGACUGCGCUGCCGCGUACAAGGACUGGCUGUGCUCCGUCACGAUCCCCCGGUGCGAGGACUUCUCCAACCCGGCGCCGUACCUGCAGCCCCGCGCCGUGGGGCAGCCGUUCCCCGACGGCUCGGUCCUCGACGAGCAGGCGCUGGCGGAGGCGAGGGUGCAGAACACGACGGCGUACCGAGACAGCCGCAACCCGAGGAUUGAUGAGUUUGUCAGGCCCGGGCCGUACAAGGAACUUCUUCCGUGCGAUGAUUUGUGUUAUAAGCUCGUGCAGAGCUGUCCGGCCAAGAUGGGGUUCGGGUGUCCCGUGCCGGGACAGAUUGGGUUUGAGGGGAACUAUGCCAGGCAUGAUCCCGCGGUGGGGCUGACGUGUAAUUUCCCUGGGUCGGCGCAUGUCAAGUCUGGAGUGCGGAGAGCGGUCGUGGAGUGGGGGAUGAUUUAUGCAGCGAUGAUUGUGGGCUUGCUGUUGGUGUUAUGAUGGUGAUGGUGGUGGGCUGCUUAUGGAGUUGGCAUAGGAACGGGUAUUCUGUUGGACGUGGCGUUGUGGUUUUGGUAGGCGAUUUCAUGUUGGUUUUUUGGGCUGGCCGGCACGAUAGAUUCUGUGGCUCAAGCGUACAUCUCAGGACAGGAAGAGUCGCGGGAUGCAACCGGCAACUCGACCAAGUUUGGAUCAUAGUAGUUUAAAUUCUGUUCAAAGCAAGGGCGGUGGCUUCAUCCAGAGAGUGAACGAAAACUCUUGUCAGAC